CAUGCACUUCUACUAACAUGAACUAAAACGGAUAAGUACCACAGAGUAUCCGGUUAUCCAGUCAUGGCGGUGGGCAUCCAGACAAGAGAAUGGUACCGCACCUUCUUCAAAUACUCUGAGGAGCUCGAGAGAUUUCUGACAAAAUUUAAACGCCCUCCUCCUGAUUUUAAGUACUGGCCUUAUGGACCUUACUGGCCUCAUAACUAUAAGAAUGUGGUGUUAGAGACAACGCGGCACAUUAGGACACCACCGCCAUUUGAGGAGCCGCUGUGGACUGAGUUGGAAUAUGAUGUCCCAGCCAACAAAUCCGUAGACACUCAGCAAACUCCGUACACAGGGAACUGGAGGGGGAUACAGAUCGUGUUUGACUCCGAGAAGAGUGCACGUGAUUAUGCACAGCCCCGCGUGCCAGAGGGGUGUUGUCCUAGUCUCACAUUUGAGUCUCGAUUUGAGUGUGGUAACCUACGCCAGGCCAGGAGAGUUGGUCAGUUUGAAUAUGAAUUGGUGCUGAAGACAGAUCUGUACACCAAGCGGCACACCCAGUGGUACUACUUCAGGGUGAAGAGUAUGGUGCCAGGAGUGGUGUAUAAACUGAGGAUAGCCAACCUGUUGAAAAGAGACAGUUUAUAUAAUCAUGGUAUGCGUCCAUUGUUGUACUCAGAGACCAAGGCAGCAUCAGAAGGUAUAGGUUGGUACAGGACAGGACACAAUAUCAGUUACUACAGAAAUGAUAAACAUGUCCAGUGUCCACUACUGCACAGAGAACUCAUUUACUAUGAACUGGAGUUUGAGAUUGAAUUUCCUCAUGGUGAAGACACUUGCUAUCUUGCCCACUGCUAUCCAUAUACCUUCACAGAUCUGAAGGAUGACCUUGACCUACUUAUAUCUGACCCAGAGAGGUCAAGGGUUGUCAAACGAGAAGUCAUGUGUGAGACGAGGGCUGGGAACAGUUGCUUUUUACUCACUGUCACUAACUUUGAUAAAGAUGACUUUGAGAAGAAAGCAGUGAUCAUCACCGCCAGGGUUCACCCAGGGGAGUCCAAUGCCAGCUGGAUGAUGAAGGGGGUGAUAGAUUUUAUCACCAGCUCAAACUCUGUUGCCAAACAACUUCGAAACAAAUUUAUUUUCAAAAUUGUGCCAAUGCUCAACAUAGACGGAGUGAUAGUAGGAAACUAUAGGUGCUCUCUAGGAGCUAGAGAUCUGAAUCGUAACUACCGCCACCCGCGUCGCGAGAGCUUCCCCACAGUAUGGCAUACCAAGGCCAUGAUGGCAGAGGUCGCCCUCAAAAAUGAGAUUCUUAUAUACUGUGAUUUACAUGGACACAGUCGGAAGUCUAAUGUGUUCAUGUACGGCUGUAGCAAUCCAGAAAAUGCAGCCAACAUGAAAGCAUUCCUUCAGGAGAGGAUGCUGCCAUGGCUCAUGUCUAAUAAGGCUUCAGGAAAAUUUUUCUUCAACUCGUGCAAGUUUCACAUUCGUCGCUGCAAGGAGGCCACAGGACGUGUGGUGAUGUACAGGCAAUACAGCAUAUCCAAUAGCUUCACCAUGGAAGCCACUUUCUCAGGGACUGCCAUUACUCACAAGCAAUCAGAGAUUAUCUUGGAGCUGACGCGGGAACUCACUCACCAGAUCUUGGAGAGCCGUGGCAUGCUGCCACAACAGCUCCCUCUAUUGUCACCAAGGGGUGGUGCGGUUGAGAACGGCAGUGGUGAGGAUGCUAAGAAACAGGGUUUCCAGAAAAUCACGGAUGCUAUAGUUGCCAUGAUAACCAAAGAGGAAAGGGCAGAUCAGAGUGCCAAAUCCAAGAAACCCGCCUUUCCAAGCGACAUCAACCUGAGGGAUACAGAUGAGAAAGACGUUGCUAAAAUGAAUGUCGAUGAGCUAAUAGAGAACAUGACCUCUGAUACAAUAGAUGGGUGUAUCCACUUAUUGGAACAGCUGAAGGUCAACGAGCUAGUCAAUGAAUCAGAGUCCAGUGAUAGUGAUUCAGAGUCGGACGAUCCUGAAGUCCCACCAGUCAAAGAACCCAAGCCGAAGAAGAAGAAAAAGAGGAAAUCCAAGAAACAAAAAGAAAGUUUCCACCGCCCCAAGAAUCUCACCCCUGAAGUGAUCCCCGAGAGCAGAAAGAAGACAAAGUCUGUGGUCGAGUUUGACAGGCCUAAGAGUGCAGCGCUUCCCGCUAUUCACACGCCUCGUAACAGUGCAGACGAGGUGAAACGCUCCAAGAAGCAGCUCAACCCCCUCCAGGCCCCCUCCUCCGCCUCCUCUGCCAGGCCAGUCAAGGUGAAGUCAGGGCCUCUGUUUAUCAACAGAUACGAGGGCAGGAGUAACGGAGGGAUACCGUGUUUCUCUCAAGAAAGGUGCUCUGAAAGAGCCGCCAAGCGCAUGUCAGACAUGAGGAAGCGAAUGGAAGAAGAAAGACAAAAGGAGUCUUAUUACUUGUCUGAAGAGGCUCGUUACAAGCGUUACAUGGCGCUGACCCACACUAUGCAGAUGCAAAAAUACCAGACGCAGGAAGACAUAAGACAGACGUUCCACAGCGCAAUGUAUGAGGGACCAAUCAAAACGCACUACCAUCACGGAGGAGAUUUAUCACCCCGUCUCUUGGCGGUGGGGUCACCCGUCUCUCCUAAUGGUAUCAAGCAGUUUGAAGCAAGUGAAUCUGAUUCUCUGAGUGGGUUUGAUUCUGACCAUCACAACCCCCCAGGGGCAGGGAGUGCUGCCCCCCUCCCCCUCAGUGCCCUGUCCACCCCCUAUACCAACCGCUGUACCACCCCUCCACCCCCUCUGAUCCCCGUCCCCGUGUACCAGCCUCACCAGCAGCUCAUCACCGAUGUGGAUCCACAGGUUACCAAGUGAGUAGUGUCAAAG